AUGACGGAACAAACAGUUAAUGCUAUUGUGGAGUGGUUCGACGGCGGCGGGGAGGAGUCUCAAGGUGCCGAGCACGAGCAACACCAGCCGCAGCAGCAGCAGAAGCACCAGUUGCCGCGGCUGACCCAAGAAGAUAUGCACCAGCAACUUCCGCCUGAGCAGCAGCAGUACUACUCGCCGCUUGAGAAAAGCCGGUCGUUAUUGCUUUUACUUGGUCCCGCUGCGUCCCCAUCUCUCCUGCAACUGGCUGCUGCUCUCUUUGGCCCGGCUGCUGUUGCUCCUUCCUUCUUGCAGCAGCGAGCAGCAGACCUGUUCGGUGCAAUUUCGUUUGAUCGCUUAACUCAGCAGCUGCAGAAGCAACAGCAAGCUCGGGGGACUGUAUUUGCUGCUCGAGAACUUCUCGAGGGCCACCCACACGUUGUCACUCCACUCGCUGAGGAUGAGUUGCUGCUGUACAGCGGCGGCUAUCACCUUGGGGCUCUUCAGGUCGGCUGUGGGGCUCGGCAUUGUGAGAAGGAACCUCUACCUCCCUAUGCGUUUCCCCUGCUACUGGCACCUCCUACGGCGUUUGCGGUAGACGGAACCAGCAAAAGCAGCAACAGCAGCCAGAGCAGCUACAGUAGUAGCAGCAGCAGCAGCAGAAUGACUUUCGCAUCAGCGCUGCAAACACGGGGCAACAACAGAGCUCUUCUCCUAAGCGGCGCGUGGCGGCCGUUUGAAGGCCACGACGUUCAGGUGGAGUACGUCUUGGGAGACCCUUUGCUGAGGCUCUUCCUUCAAAGGGAAGGGGAAAGCCCUACUUUCUCUGCUGAAUUUAAGGUGAUCGAGUAA